AUGCGAUCGCUGAUGCUCGGAAUCUGGGGCGCAUUCAAAAUCUGCGGAAGACGCCACGGCCUCGGACAUAUGCGUACUCAGGGUUCCACUCAAGGUCAAACUUCGAAGAUUGUGUACUUCGUCGCAUCAGAACUGGUCUCGGAGAAAGCAAUCACUGAGGCAAUGAUGCUUGUGCAACGUGGUAGUAUUCCAGCCCUCGUGCUUCCUUCGGGUGGCAUAGCAGUUAGGCACCGAAAGGCAAUGUUUUUCGAAGAAAGCACAGGGGAUGAGAUACUGCCAGGUUGCCCAAGCCUAGAUUGGGUCGGGUUCGAACCACGGACCUUCCGGAUAGUAGAUUCGCGCUCUAACCACUUGGGCCAUCUCGCCCCAGCCCAACAUCCACCAUUUGUUGUUCAAUUACCCUUUGAUUUGACAAUUUAUGAGCCUCAACUUGUCAAUGCACUAGAUGAUGGUGCUUUCACGGAAUGUCUCCUUAGCUAUCACGAGUCACUGAUACCUUCUUCCGGUGAACAACAAGCCUUGACGACGCUGGUCAACCGUAUUUGUGAAAUAGUCGAUGGCGCAAUAAUAAGCCCUACGGGUCCACUUGCUGGGCACAUCGAAGAAAUUCGACCUGUCGGAUCAUUCAAAUUGGGUACCGUGUUGGCAGGCCACAAUACGGCGGAUGUUGUAAUCGUGACUCGUAUUUUGCCCACUGGGGAAUUACUGAAAGGUAUUCAGAGCCUUGUGGAGAGUAAACUGGCAUCUACGAAGCCAGCCGAGCCCGUCAGCGUCAAUGUGCAGUAUUAUGGAUUUUCUGUCACCGUGGGUCCAUCGAUUGUACGUGUGUUCGUUACGACUACUCCUUCAAACAUUGCCAAAGUUGAUGCGGAUAUACACAUCAAUCCGUCAACACAGAAGACUGCUCUAGCUGCACUCAGGCAUACUCGCUGGCUGGAUGACAAUGUCUCACACACUGCAGUCAAGGUACUGAUUAGAAUUAUCAAGGACUUUCGUCGACGGUUCAAAGCAUUUCAAUAUAUGAACUCAUGGAUGAUCAAUCUUUUGGCCCUUCAUGUGGUUGUUCAAAAUCCGAGUCAUCAACCGCUUCCAGUCAAUCAAGCUUUUCGACGGUUUCUGCAGCUGCUGUCUUCAGGGAUGCUACUUCCUGGAAGCGCUGGUGUGAUCGACCCCUGCGAACCGGGUUCUUUACGGCUUCAUACCACCAUGACCUUAGCGGAACAGGACGAACUUUGCUGCGCUGCUCAGACGUUGUUGCGUGCUUUACUCCACGAUGCAUACGAGAUUCUGUUCACGUUUGACGAAUGCGCGGAAGAUGCGAGUUGUGAUCAAUUCCUGCGACUUGCCUCUGAGAAAAGCACUGUUGAAAUCAAGUGGUCGGAACACGUUGUUACACCACAGGAUGAGGCAACAAACGGUGUAGACAGUACGCUGGAUGCGCCAAAAGCUAUCACAGUUGCCUAAAUUCGCGCAUUUCCGUGUUAUUUAUACGGCUCCCAUCGUUCUCAAAUUUCAUGUUUGCUCUACUACCUUUCUUAUGAAAAGCAGUCGCUACUACCUG